AUGUGGUUACAGCCAGAAAGACAUGGGCCUCUGCUGAGUCUGAUUGUCGGCCUUCUUGGGAGUCUCGGCCAUUCCUCCCUCGCCUUUGUAGGCACAUCAAGCCUUCAAUCUUCUAUCCAUGCUCGGCGCACGGCCUUAUACGCCGUAACCAGCACAGUCUAUGGUGGCAAUGGUGGAAUUGACGACCACAAACAUGAUCGCGCCACCAUUAUGGCUCGUAAUGACGCUCGAACUUGCGUCAAAAGUUUUCUGACCCAGCGAGCCAUCCAGUCCUUCAUGUUUUUGCUCGAAGAAUGUCGUGAUCCUCAUUCAGGCAAGUGGAUUGAAGACUUUCUAGGGUUGGCAAACCUUGGAAACUAUCAUGGUACCGGCGCCUUUGACAUUGACCGCUUUGCCAGCUGGGAAAUGGUCCUCUUUGAAAUGAUGGAGAGGCCCAAAGAUAAAAUCAUUGUAUCCGCCAAACGUCGUGGACGAGGCCACGGAGGUUGGAGCAAGCACAAUCCAUACCUGGAAGAACGAUGGGUGGAGUUCCCCAUUGCAAUUGAUCCUGCCAAUCUAGCCCAGCGUAUUUUGUCAGUUCGAGGACAGAUUGCUAAUGAAUUCAUACAGGAUUUGGACAUUGUGAUAUGCACCAACGAUCAGAUUUUGGAUUCCUACUUUGAAAACAUUCGGUAUGACGAGCGGCAUAGCUCCCUCACCGCCGGCGCCGCCAGGCCAGAAGAGUUGGCAUCCACGUUUGAUCGCAUCACCUCCAUCAUUCUGAGCCGCAACAUGGAGAAUCAGGUGCAGGUGUCGAGUCCAUUCCGAAAAGGAAACUUUGAUUUACUCUACAAUCUUUGCACUCAAGCUUCCAUUCAUGAGUUGCUACGACAGUACCAAGACGCCGGUGAAAGUAAGGAGGUUUCCUUCACUUGGUUGCGUGAUUUCUAUAUCGAUCGUGUGGCGAAAUUCUUUGAUGGGGACCAACCCUAUGGACGGGCAGAUGAUUUCAUUGAAGAAAUGUUGUUGACGCCGCCAGCAGUCAGAGACUUGGGAAUCAAUGACCGAGGUAAGGCCGUGGUGGGCUUGAUUGACCCUGUGGGGGUAGCCGAGCGAAUCAUUGCCAGACGAACUCGUAUUGCCAAUGACUGGAAAGACAGCAUGGGUGAGACUGCAAGUGACCAUAUUCAGCUGCAGAAGGCACUCUUGACCAAGAUCAUGGGCAAGCCAGUCGAAGAGUUCAAAAGGGAAGUAAUGGAAGAACAGCAGAAACCAAAGAGAGAAGUAAUGGGACAACAGCAGAAUCCCAAAGGAGACCCCGCCGGAUAUCCAAAAUUCUACUGA